CCGAAGUCUCUGCCAUAGGCGAACUCCUUGCUCGCGUUGGACAUGGUCUGACGAGCCUGCAGGUCAGCGGGAUGCCUCCUCACGCUCCCGUAUCUGCGCGAAGAUGCUGGAAAGACCCGCUGGACAGCCAUUGGAAAAGCCUCAACCUCGCAUCUUGCCCGAGACUCGAGUCGAUCAAUAUCCGCAUCUACUUUCGCGCACCCGGCGACGAGAAACAGCCUACGGACCACCCGGUGCUCAGCCUCGCCGGGGCUGGAAUGCUUUCCCAGGCGCCGCCUACCUUGCGCAAAAUUGUUAUUUGGCUGCACGACCUGCCUCGCAUUACGACGUUGAACAACCGGCGGAUGCUCCGGCUGCAAGAAUUCGACAAGAUUAUCACACGCGACCGAUUCCCGCUCCUCGAGAGGGUGCAUUUGCACAUCUCUAUUGAUUCGAGUCUGGAAAGGAAGCUUAAAACCGACUGGUGGAAGUUGGUGCUCGCAACUCAGAAGGUUCUACCUGGUCUGCAUUCGCGGGGGCUACUCAAGGUUACUCAAUAGGAGCGAACAAGUUGUCUCUGAUAGCUGAACCAUUCAAUGCAGAUUGACUGGGGUCUAACUUGGAGUCGCGUGAGGAGCAUGUGUGGGCGCAUAUGCAUCUUCCCUCCAGCCACGCACUGGUGCUUUCUUGAGCGACCCGUUCCCGGUGGCGCGCCACUCUUUGGUUUUUGUCUCCUGCUAGAUACAUCUACACGCUUCUUAUGAUGUUCUCACACUACCUCCUUCCUCAUCGACGUGCUCAAAAGUCCUCGACUUUGAGCAUUGUUGCUCUCGUUCAAA